UUUUUUUCGAUUUUCAAUCUCAUUACCGAAGGAGGAUUUGAUUUCUAUUAUAAAAUUUUUAAAAGUUUGUUGGUAGGCUUUGUUUUAUUUAAUCCUGGUUAUUUUCCUUGUUGACCGGUUAUCUUUUUUUGGGGGCUGCUGUAUCAAACGUAUCGGAUCCGGAUUCUAAAGUUUACAAUGACGGCAUCUUCAUCGUCAUCACCAUCUUCAGAUAAGACGACUCCACAACAUAUAAUAGAUCGAGACUUCUCCGAUACUAUUCAUGGGGAAGAGUUUGAAUUUAGAGAGUCUAGAAAACCAGCAUUUCAAAUCACUCAUAAAAUAGACCUGUUGGGCCAUGUUAUGCCUCCGGAUAUUUUAACAAAGCUCUCUUCUAAUCAACUAGUUACUUUAGCCGGAGCAGCUUCAGGUUUUUUAGCCGGGGUUGUUGUUUGUCCACUUGACGUUGUGAAAACUAGAUUACAAGCCCAGGGAGCGCUAUCAAAGAUUAACGAUGAGAAUAUUUUGAAAAAAUCUCAUAUAAAUCAAAAAUAUAAAGGUUUUAUAAAUGCAUUUAAAGUUAUACUUCGAGAAGAAGGUCCCAGAGGCUUAUAUCGAGGAUUAGUUCCAAUAACAAUUGGAUAUUUACCAACUUGGACUAUUUAUUUUACAAUUUAUGAACGAGCUAAAAGAUUUUAUCCUAAUUUUUUACAUGAAAAUUUAGGUUUAAAUUUUAAUAGUUUAGAUCAUUUUUGUUCUGCUUUAACUGCAGGUAUGGCAUCUUCAAUAGCUGUUAAUCCAAUUUGGGUUGUUAAAACAAGAUUAAUGAUUCAAACUGGUCAAAAUUCAACAAUUUAUGAUAAAUCAAACAAUUCUUUAAAACCAGAUAGAACUUAUUAUAAAGGUACAAUUGAUGCAUUUAAAACCAUGUACAAAGAAGAAGGUAUAAAAGUUUUCUAUAGUGGAUUAAUUCCUUCUCUUUUCGGUUUACUACAUGUCGGAAUUCAUUUCCCAGCUUACGAAAAAUUAAAAAUAAUACUAGAUUGUGAUUCAAAUACCGUUUUACAAGAAGGUAGACUAGGUAGACUUAUCAUUGCUUCAGCUAUUUCUAAAAUGAUUGCAAGUACUAUAACUUAUCCUCAUGAAAUUUUACGAACAAGAAUGCAAAUUCAAAAUUCCAAAAAUGAUAACCGUGUUAAUAAAGAAACAAAAUUAAUAAACGCAGUUAAAAAAAUUUAUACUAAAGAAGGUUUAAGAGGUUUUUAUGCUGGUUAUGCUAUUAACUUGGCUAGAACUGUACCUGCAAGUGCUGUUACUCUAGUAAGUUUUGAAUACUUUAAAACUUAUUUGUUAGAAAUUAGUGGUAAAGCACUAGAUUAA